AUGGACAUUUACCAGCAGUUGGCGGGUCAGCCUCAGCCGCAGCCGCUCUCUAAACUCGUGAGUUGGUUCGACGCCGCCGCCGUUGCCGCAGCCGUUUCGUCGCACGCCGCGACGUCUUCCGCAGCGACGUCUUCUCCAGGCACGUCAACAGCUUCUGACGAUCGUCGCACUCGCAGAAACCGCACCGCCUUCUCGGAAAACCAACUUCAAAGGUAGGUUCUUCGAGAUCUAGGAAAUUUUUCUGCCAGUUAGGAUUUUCCAAUAUUCAGCAAGGAGACCUGUAUUAGUACCGAAAAUUUCAUGCAGAACCACAUGUUGAGAGGAAAAUAUAAAAGUUCGCUUUUUAUGUGUCCUGUUACUACGAAGAUGCUUAUUUUCAAUGAAUGAUAAAUAUUAAAAAAUUCAAGGAUCGUUUUUACUUUGUUAUCUUUCUAGUGUAAGUGAGUAUAUGAAAAAAAGCUAUAAAGAAAAAGUUUUUUUCGAAAAAUAGAUCAAGGUUUGAAUCUAGCGGUCCUACUGGUACAACAGAAAAUUCAUAAUUAUUAAAGCUGCUAUAUCGAAAAAAAGUCUAUAUUAUUUCUCUGAGCAAAAAAAUAAUUACAUCUACCUGCCCUUUUGUCGUAUAACUUUCUUUAAAAUUAAUUUUUUUUUUGUUAAUUUUGCUUUUCGAAGACGUAAACCAACAUUUUGCUUUCGGUUCGCGUUUACGCAUCCAAAUGUGACCUCUGUCUUGAGGCCUCUAUUUACUCAACCCAUGUAAUACAGAUUAUCCGGCCAAGUGGGUUGAGCUGUGUUUCUGUAACAAGUUUUCUUGUUUACACUAGUCUUGUAUCAAAAAAUAUUGAUCGGUUUUAGUUCUCGAGAAUUUUCCUCACAAGAACAGACUUUUCAGACUAGAGGAACAGUUUCUUGUGGGUCAGUACCCAGACAUUGCACAACGUGAAGCGCUGGCCAAAGAAAUCGACUUGGCAGAAGCUCGGAUCCAGGUGCGCCUUGCAUUUGCCCACCUGCUUUCCCCGAAAUUUCAACAAAACUCGUGUUGUUCGGAAUUUGUUUGUCGAGAGAACUUCUCCGUUUAUUAGUUUUAACUGCAUUUGGACAAAUAAUUUGCAGGUUUGGUUCAAAAACCGCCGAGCGAAGCAGCGGAAGAGACAGAGAAAUGAACCUCCCGACGAGACUCCCGAGACUGUUCCGAGUGACUUCCGUCGUCCUGGCACUAAAGCCAAGACUCGGAUAAUCAGUUAGUUUUGAAGAGUAGCUUAGAAACAGAGGAAAUCAUAGAUAAAUUUUAAAAGCUAGGAACCUGAUUUUUCGCUUCUUAAGCUUGGACCCCUGGCUCAGCUCUCGCGUGUGUUUUACCGACUUCCUCGUCUUACUUCUCGCCUUUUCUGCAGUACACACAGUCACAGGUCCAAUUUUUUUUUUAUUUGAGUAGCUUAACUUUUCUUCUCGAACUAAAUUUCUUCAUUUCAGUUCUUAAAAUCUACUAAAAAGUUUCAUUUCGAAGAAAGCUUUCCGCAAUCGAUUUCAAAGAAUAAAUUUCAGAUGAAUCAGAUCGAAUCGAUGAGGACAAACUUCUGA